AUGCCAGACCUCACCUUGCAAGAGAUCGAGGAGAAGGUGAUGGCGGCGAAGCCCUGGAAAGCGCCUGGUGAGGAUGGCCUUCCUGCGAUCGUGUGGAAGAAGCUCUGGCACGUGGUCAAGCACCGGAUCAUUCCCCUGAGGAAACCAGAUAAAGGGGAUUACACCUUGGCCAAGGCGUGGCGACCGAUUUCUCUCUUGUCAACGCUUGGCAAAAUCCUGGAAGCAGUCGUUGCGGAACGUAUCAGCUAUGCAGUAGAGGCUCAAGGGCUUUUGCCCACGAACCACUUUGGUGCACGGAAGCGCAGGUCCGCAGAUCAAGCACUUGUGCUUCUGCAGGAGCGGAUCUACAAGGCCUGGAGAACGGGCAGAGUGCUCAGCCUCAUCAGCUUUGACGUCAAAGCCCGAGGCAUCCCGAGUCGUCUGGUCAAGUGGAUAGACGCAUUCUGCUCGGGACGGACCGCGUCGGUGGUUGUCAACGGGCACACAUCCGAGCAACAAACCCUGCCGCAGGCCGGCCUACCCCAGGGAUCCCCUCUGUCGCCAGUGGCUUUUCUUUUCUUCAACGCAGACCUGGUGCAAAGACGGAUCAGUAACAAUGGCGGCUCCAUCGCCUUCGUGGACGAUUACUCUGCCUGGGUCACGGGGCCAACGGCGGAGUCAAACAGAGAUGAGAAGACAUCCGUCAUCCACUUCACACGCAUCGCGGAGCGCGACAGCGACCUGCCUCUCAUCAUCAAAGGAAACGAUGUCAAGCCGAAGAGCAACGUGAAGCUGUUGGGAGUCAUCAUGGACAAAGCGCUUCGCUUCAAAGAGCACAUCGCCAGAGCAGCCGCCAAGGCGACGGUGGCGCCAGCCAUGGACUAUGCCUCAAACCGAAUCGGAGCCCAGGCUGUCACGGGAGGCUUUCGCACAGUGGCAACGGCAGUGGCCGAGGCCGAGGCCGGCGUGCAAUCGUUCCGAGAACGGCAUGCUCAAGCGGCAGCGAAAUUCUGGAUAAGGAUGCGGACGCUCCCGAAGACGCAUCCUCUGACAUCGUUGAGGCUCAAGCUGAACAGGAGGUAUGCGUCGCCAAUGCAGAAGCUCGCCUCGGCGAUGGGAAGACUAGAUACCAAACGCCUGGAAGUCAUCCACGAGUUCGCACUGGCGCCGUGGGACGAACGAGUGCAGGCAACGUACGAGGCAGACCGAGCGGAGGUGCUGAAGUCGGAUGACCCGGAGGACAUCACUAUCGCGACGUCCAGCUCGCAAAGGAAAGGCAAGGUCGGGUUGGGAGGCGUCGUUCGGGAUGCUUCCCGUGACAGCGCAGACGAGGUGCUGGCCAGCUACUCCGUCACCCUUGGCUCCAGUGAUGAGCAGAAUGCCUACACAGCAGGACUCGAGGCAAUCGCCAUGGCCCUGAGCAACCGCUCUGUCCUGCAAGUCAUCGGGCGACCGCGGCAGCAGUCUGGCAAGAGCAACGACGUUACGACUGCUGCUCAACGAACACACUCGCGUUCGUCAGAUCCCAGAAAGGGUUGGAAAGCACUCAAAGCGCAUCGAUAA